GUCCGGAGGAGAUCCCAAAGCUCCAGACAAGAACAACAACACGUCUCAUUCUUUCCAUACAUAGCAUCUCAUUCUUGUGGAUUGAACAACAGCACGUCUCAUUCUUUCCAUACAUAGCAUCUCAGUCUUGUGGAUUCCAACUAAACAAAUUAAGCUUGGCUCUUCUCGACCGCGUCGCCUAUAUUAACGCUUGGUCGAUAGCUAGGUGGUCGUCGGACAGUUCAGAGAAUUUCUGAAGAAGCACAGGUGAGAGAGGCAGAGCGAUGAGAGGAAGCCAGAGCCACGAGCUGGAGACCGACGUCCCGGCGUCCGAGCUGUGGAAGAUCUACGGCACGCUCCGCGCCGCCGAGCUGCUGCCCGAGCUGCUCCCCCACAUCCUCGCCAAGGUCGAGCUCGUCACCGGCGACGGCGGCGUCGGCACCAUCGUGCGACUGACUUUUCCUCCAGGAAUUCCUGGAUUGCAGAGCUACAAGGAGAAAUUCAUCAAAGUUGACAACAAGAAUUACGUUAAGGAGGCAGAGGCGGUGGAAGGCGACAUCCUGAAGCUGGGCUUCCUCUCGUACAUGAUCCGGUUCGAGAUCAUUCGGAAAGGGGCCAACACUUCGGUUAUAAGAUCGACUAUCGAGUAUGAGAUCGGUGAUGAGCAUCCAGAGCUCCAAGCCAUGGUUAGUACCGCAUCAUUGGCUGCGACCGCUGAAAAAUUUGCAGAGUAUAUCAAGACGCAGAAAGUAGCUCAGGCCAACACCUGAGAUUAUCUCAAGCUAACAAAGUAUCGAGAGUAAUAAAUGGACGCACAGUUUCGUUGUCGCGCUUGCUUGUAAAACCAUCGUGUGAUACUGCGCAGUACGUGUGUUAAUCAUUAUUCCUUUUUUAUAUAAUUAAAGUUUUAUUAAGACUCAGUCAAA